ACAAAAACUGUAUAUGAAAAAUUAUUAUAUAAGUUAAAAUAGUAAAAUAUAAGAUAAAAUACGAAAAUGUUUCGCAGUCGUAGUUGGUUUGGUGGAGGGUGGAAUCGCCCUAGAAAUCGUCUUUCAUUGGAUCAUCUAAAAUACUUAUAUGGAAUAUUAGAAAAAAAUACUACCGUAUCAGAAAGUAAUCGUAGCUUGUUGGUGGAAUCGCUGCGUUGCAUAGCUGAAAUAUUGAUAUGGGGUGAUCAACAUGAUUCUUCAGUAUUUGACUUUUUCUUGGAAAAAAAUAUGUUAUUAUAUUUUUUGAAUAUAAUGCGACAGAAAAGUGGUGGUUCGAGUUUUGUUUGCGUGCAACUUUUACAAACGCUGAAUAUAUUAUUUGAAAACAUUAGAAAUGAGACGUCGUUAUAUUAUUUGUUGAGCAAUAAUCAUGUAAAUUCUAUAAUUGUGCAUAAGUUCGAUUUUUCCGAUGAGGAUGUUAUGGGCUAUUAUAUUUUAUUUCUGAAAACAUUGAGCUUGAAAUUAAAUACACACACAAUACAUUUCUUCUAUAAUGAGCAUACAAACGAUUUCCCGCUGUAUACAGAAGCAAUAAAAUUUUUCAAUCAUCCAGAGUCAAUGGUGCGUAUUGCAGUGCGUACGAUAUCUCUAAAUGUUUAUAAAGUACAAAAUGCCAGUAUGCUGCGAUUUAUAAGAGAUAAGUAUGUUAUAUGA